AUGGACGAGGAUGAUGUUGAUGUUAAUGUUACUUUUAUACUGCGUCUCCUGUCUACAGACCUGUCCUCCCUGGAGGUCCCUCCUCUCACCCCAGCCAGUACGGAGGUCCUGAACCUGGAGGUCCCUCCUCUCACCCCGGCCAGUACGGACGUCCUGAGCCUGGAGGUCCCUCCUCUCACCCCGGCCAGUACGGAGGUCCUGAGCCGGGCGGUGGAGGCCAGCUUUGCCGGCUUUGCCCAGGAGAGGAUCACCUGUCACUUCCCACGUGAGCCCGGGCUGUGGUCUGAGUGGGAGGUGAGCCACUGGCUGGACUGGUGCAGGGCUGAGUUUGGGUUCCAGGGCCUGCACACGGAGCUGCGGGGCCUGCAGGGCAGGGAGGUGUGCAGCCUGGACAGGGAGGCCUUCCUGGGCCUCACCACGGACCGCGCUGCGGGGGAGAUCCUCUGGGAGCACCUGGAGUCCAUGAAGGACGCGAGCUUGAGGAAUGGCUCCCAGUCCUGCACGGCCUGUUGCAACAGUGCCCACCAGAGCCCUGUGUCUCAGCCAAGACUCAGCUACCUCCAGGCCUUCCUGAGCCCUCCACUUCCUACCGAAAACUAUUCGGACUAUGUUCAGGAUUAUUCAGACGAACUUAAUUACCAGAUUCAGUAUCGUCCCAUGGAGGCCACAAACCUCCAGAUUCUGGAGCCGGUGGCUGCGGAGCACGAUGGCUACAACUCUGCUGCUGAGACGCCCGGAACGGGCUGGAACCCUGAAGAGAAGGUUUCUCUCAGCGGGGACUCUUGGACUGCUCCUCUCCGUUACCUGGAGUCAGAAACGGGGGAGAGUCUGUGUGAUGAUGCCUUUGCUUUGCUGCAAAAACACAAGAGCUUCAAGGAAUAUGCAGGACACACAGCUGAUGUGGGCCUGGCGGUGAUGCCGGUGAUGCUCGCUGGUUACACUGGUACUGGUCCUAUCCAGCUGUGGCAGUUCCUGCUGGAGCUGCUGACCGACCGGAGCUGCCAGUCGUGUAUCGGCUGGACCGGAGACGGCUGGGAGUUCAAGCUCAAGGACCCGGAUGAGGUGGCGCUGCUGUGGGGGAAGAGGAAGAACAAACCUAAAAUGAACUAUGAGAAACUGAGUCGUGGCCUCCGUUACUACUACGACAAGAACAUCAUCCGCAAGACGGCUGGGAAGCGCUACGUUUACCGCUUCGUCCGCAACCUGCAAGGCCUGCUGGGAUACGGACCCGGGGAGCUGCACGCCAUGCUGGACUCCAGCGAUAAGAAACCCUCGUGA